AUGCAAGAGCGCGCAGAAAAGGGCUAUCAACUGGGAGUUGACGUUGGCGGAACAUUCACGGAUGUUUACGUGUUCACCCCGCAUGGCCAAACAGUGCGAGCAAAGGUUCCAACAACCAUCCCCGAUCAAAGUAUCGGAAUCCAAAAGGGAAUCGCGAAGGCCCGUGAAAUACUCAUUAAGCAGUUCGGAUGGUCGGGAACUUUCCAAUUUAUUCACCAUGGCACGACGACCGCAACCAAUGCAGUCCUCGAAGGGAAGGGCGCCCGCACCGCAUUAAUUCUCCGGCGAGAGACCGUUGUAGAGAAUCUUUCUGUUCGGGCGCCUGCGGUUGACAUCAAGACUGUGGGGGCUGGGGGAGGAUCAAUCACAACAUACAUGGAGCUCACGGAGACCUUGCGGGUAGGCCCCGAGAGCGCUGGCGCAGUACCUGGGCCUGCGUGCUAUGGAAAAGGAGGAAAGCAAGCCACUGUAACGGAUGCGAACUUGGUCCUGGGAUAUUUGCCGAAAACAUUAUUGGGUGGCGAGUUCGCGUUGGAUGUCCAGGCUGCUAUAACUGCUGUCGAGGAUAUUGCGAACCAGAUGAAUCUUCCGGUUAUCCAAACAGCCGAGGAUAUCAUCACGAUUAUCAACGAGACAAUGUAUGGUGCCUUGCGUCUUGUCUCUGUGGAGCAGGGCUAUGAUCCUCGUGAAUUUGCACUGGUCGCUUUCGGUGGUGCCGGCCCGCUGCAUGCAAACGCCGUGGGUCAACUUCUUGGGGCCUGGCCUGUCAUCAUCCCGCCUUCUCCUGGCAUUUUAUGUGCGCAGGGUGAUGUGACCACUAGGCUUAGACACGAGCAAUCCGCCACCUUUAUCCGUAUUGUCUCCGGAACCUCUAUUUCAGAGGCACGGGAGCAGUAUCAAACCCUUGAGCAAGAGUGUCGGGAUACCUUGUCGAGGACAGCGGGUGAUCUGUGGCCCUUAUCAUGGAGAACAUCAUAUCAAGCAGAUCUUCGGUACAAAGGCCAAGCUUUGCUAAUAACAAUUGAGAUCACUGAAGAAGACCUGGCCCUGACUACUGAGAACUGGCAUGAUGUGUUGCGACAAAAGUUCGACCAGCAGCAUCAGCAGAUGUUCACUUACUGCUUACCUGACUUUGAGCUUGAGUUGAUGAGACUGGGAGUUGUGUUAGAAGAUGCGUCACCUGGUAUUGACAUUCCCCAAGUUGAAAAAGGGACAAUUCCCCCUCCAGACGCGAAGAUUGGCGAGCAGAAUAUCAUCGUCCAAGGCGAAGAAAAAUUGGCAACCCUGUGGGAUCGUCAGAAGAUCAGUAAGCAGGGCAUUCAACUAAUGGGUCCGUGUAUUAUCUCCGAAAUGGACAGCAAUACACUCAUCCUUCCUGGCUAUUAUGGUGAGAUCGAUAACAUCGGAAAUAUUUUGAUCAAUCCCGUGGAAAAGAAACCUCCAACCGUUACCACACACACUGCCGAAUCAGCCAAAGAGCUUGUCAAGAGCACUCCAUUGAUUCCUACGCUGAUAUCCUCGACACUGGCCUCCAUUCGCAGCGAGAUGGACAAAAUGAUGUUACGAUGCAGCAUGUCCCCUGCCAUCCGAGAGCAGCAAGAUGAAUUCAAUGUUAUAACUGACCGCGAGGGCAAAAUGCUGGUUGGUCAGUUUGGCAGUUUCAUCACACAGUUUCUCGACGUUUGGAACGGCACAAUCGAGGAAGGCGAUGUGUUUAUUACCAACGACACCUACGAAGUGCAGGGUGCCAUUAGCCACCUCAACGACAUCAUCGCCUUUUUGCCCAUUUUCCACAACGGUCGAAUCAUCGGAUUUGCAUCGCAAUUUGGCCACUUGACAGACGUUGGAGGUAUCGUUCCAGGAAGCAUGUCGAUCAAUGCGACAUCUGUCUUCGACGACGGUGUGCAGAUUCCGUGCAUAAAGCUGUACGCCCGUGGCGUUAUGAACAAAGAUCUGGUCGAUCUUCUUUGUCGAAACUCCCGCCAACCGGCAUGGUAUCGCUCUGACCUGACUGCUAUUGUAGCAUCAUGUUCCAUGGCUGCCAACAGAGUCCGCGAGUUGGCUACCCGUUUCGGAAGUGAAGUAUACCUGGCUGCAUGCUCGGAGCUGCUGUACCGGAACCGAAAUGGAUUCGCAAAGAUCAUAGAGCGCCAAUUCGAUGAUCUGGAAAGCAAAUUUACAGACUUCGUCGAUGAUGACGGUCAUGGUGUGGGACCUUGGGCACUCACCUGCUCGAUGAAAAAGGUGGACGGCAACCGACUCCGAUUUGACUGGAGUGGUACUUCUCCCCAGAGCGAGCGUAGUAUCAACUUUUAUCUCUCGGAAACAAUGUUCCGGAUGUUCAUUGGGUACUACCUCAUUGCAGCCGCUGCCCCGGGCACGGUUAUUAAUGACGGAUUCCAUGAUUUGAUUGAUGUGUACAUCCCUGAAGGAUCAGUCCUGAAACCCGUUCGCCCUGCGCCAAUCUCAUGCCGAACUCACUUCCUCGGACGGACCUUGGAUAUUGUACAAGCCCUGAUUGGCCAGAAGCAAGACUCAUACCAGGCUGCCGCUGGAUUCAGUGACUCGCCUCACUUCUUCUACUCCGGAUUUAAGCCAGACGGGGAGUGGUACCAGCUCUACCAGAUUGGAUUUGGAGGCGUGCCUGCACGACAAGCCGGUGACGGCCCUGAUUGCCACUGUCUCUUCCCCGCCAUCAAGUCAAUCCCCACAGAGAUAAUAGAGCUCAACUACCCGCUGCGUAUUGAAGCAAAUGAGAGCGUCGCAGACAGCGGUGGCGCCGGAUUCUACCGCGGUGGUAAUGCUCAGCGCACGCUAUACCGGUUCCUGGCCCGUGGGGAAUUCAGUCUUCACGAUGACCGAUGGUUCACCAAGCCAUGGGGACUGAAGGGCGGGAAACCGGGAACGCGAUCCCGGAAAAUCCUCUACCGGUACUCCAAAUCUGAGGACAGCCCCCCAACUGAGAUUUUGCCUUCCAAGUGUGACCAUAUUCGUGUUGACCCGGGUGAUCUUCUCGAGUGGGUGACUUGGGGUGGAGGCGGGUUGGGUGAUCCUUUGACACGUCCGGCAGAAAAGGUUGCCCUGGAAGUCCACCGGAAGCUUGUCACGGUCGAGGGAGCUCGUGUUGCGUAUGGUACCGUUGUCAACGACGAUUUCACUGUAAACGAGGAUGAGACCGAGGCAUUGCGGACCCAGUUGCGAAUGGAACGUAGCCAGCUUACUGAGUCUUCCAUCUAUGACCGCGGUGGAACCCUCGAGCAGUUGCGUGAAACUUGUCUACAGGAGACUGGACUUGAGGCCCCAUUGCCUCAGUGGGAAACGGAAAUUUAUGGUCCUCAUGCUGGGUUGGCAUAUGUGCAGGAAUGGUUCAAUGGGAUGCGUGAUCGCAAAGGUUGGGAGCUUGAUUAG